CGGAUGACGCACGGCGUGUUGUCACGCGGGUCAGCUGAUGCCGUCUGAGGGACCAGGCAGCAACGCCAGGACCAGAACCAGAAUGAAGAUGGAACCAUGAAAGGCGCAUGUAGACGUCCGGGGACCAACCGAGACGAUCCGAUACGAUCCGCGUUUGGAGCACCUGUGGCGGAUGACAUUUCCAGAUGGGCUGCGGGGGGAGCAGGGCGGACGCGAUCAUCGAACCGAGGUACCAUGAGAGCUGGACCAGAGAGACGGAGUCGACGUGGCUGACCAACACGGACGUGGAGACUCCUCUUCCGGUGUCCACCAGUAAGACUUUUGAGGCCAAGAGGAUGGUGACCACAGGAACCCAAUGUGGCAAGCAGAACCUGAGCAGCACCACGAACUGCAACCAUCAGAGGAGGCAAAGACGAUCUUUUAGUGAUCAAGCCACGCGAGAGUCCAAGAGGAAGGCGUCCAAGGAGGCCAGUGCCCUGAGUAAGGAGGUGCAGUCCAUCAGCAUCAGCAGCCAAGCAGACCCUGAAGCUUCCGCUGAUGGCAGAUGAAGACCACAGCAGCUCCAUAAUGGGAAGAGGAAGUUUCCAAGCAGUGAUGAUGUUUACAAGACACAUUUGUGUGCAUGCCAAAGCAAAGUGUGUGUUGGGGAGGAUGAGGAGGGUCACCAACGACCCGCCGGCGCCCUGUUUGUUGUCAUGGUGUAUCAUCACUAUGUUACACACACUCCUGGUAAUCAGCUUCUUUGUGCAACCUUCUUGUGCGUCUGAGUAGUUGCUACAUAGAUGGUUUAUAUUGGAAGACAACCACAAGUGCUGUUUGUAGGAGACCUUUGGAGAAACACCCGCAUGUGCCUAAAACUCAUCAAGACUUUCUGUUCCUUUAUGUGAUGUUCCUCUGUGUUCUUCUCGCAUCUCACUAAUGUGCAUGUCCGGCAGCAGCGCAGAGUUUGGGGGGAAAAAAGUCUUUUCCUAAAAUAAACUGCCCAGUCCGAAACGAUGCCAUCUGCUGAGUGGCCAGCAGAGGGAGGUGUUGACCCUACCAUUCCUUCGUAACUCCUUGAUCAUCAUCGUCGCCAAUGAACGCUUCAGCAUAAAUAAAUCACAAAAAAAUUUCAAUGUUGUUCUUCCUUAUUCACUACCGGUGUAUUUAUUCCAACUUACGUAGACGAUCUUUGACUUGUAUUGUUGAAGUAGGUUCUUAAAAACAGCAGAACCAAAGCAAGAUUACUCCUGUUAUACAAUCCAACUUUAUUUGUAAAAUACUAAAAACAACCACAGUAGACCUCAGUGGUACACAGAAUAUUAUAGCAUAUUCUUAGAAUAUAUAAUAAAUACAUUGCACAGAAACUCACUUAAGGCAUCAAGGUACAUCUGAAACACCUGAAAUAAAAUGGAAAGAAUUAUAAAAAAGUGAUAUAGAGGAUCUUUGACUAGAUAGCUUUAAAAGCAGCAGGGCACUCCCGUCAAAUAGAAGACCUUUUACUAUCAUAAAUAUAUUACUUAUGUUUUAAUUUAUUUAUUUA